AGACGUUACAAGGCUUCCUUGUAUCUUAAACAACGGCGGCAACGUGCAAUCGCUUUAAUAGCAGAAAUCCUUCUCUGGGUUCUGUUCAUGGUUUCUCCCCAAGUUGAAUUCACAUCCUUAUAAUAACUUGUGCUAUCGGCAUGCAAGGUUUUCAUAACUGAGUUUCAAGUCUUGAUGCUCCUCUCUUGUGGAUCAUAAUGAGUUCGGCAUCAGCUCUCAGCACAAAAGAAGACAGAGAGCACAAUGGACCCAAUUUAGCUGUUAAUGGGGAGAUUUCUGAUACAAUAGCUAAAGCUAGUCCGGAGGCUGAAGCCAACCAACGUGCACUAUUGGUGGAGUGGUUAAACAGUAUUCUUCCACAUUUAAAUUUGUCAAUAAAAGCUUCAGAUGAAGAGCUGAAAGCAUGUUUGAUUGAUGGCACUCUUCCAUUUCAAAUUUUGAAGAGGCUUAGACUAGUUUCAGAUAAUGAGGUAGGCGAUUCUUGUCAUUCUUCAGUUUCAAGCUCAGAAAAUAUUAGAAGAUUUCUGGAAACGCUGGAUAAAUUAGGAAUUUCUGGAUUUGCAAUAUCAGACCUAGAGAAGGGUUAUAUGAAGCCUGUUAUAGGCUGUCUUUUAAAACUCAGAGCAAAAUUUUCCCCUACCAAAGAUAAUUUUUCGGUCAACAGUAUGACAACAAAAUCUGAAAACGAAAAGGAUGUGUCUUCUGGAGGUCCUCAUUCUUCAGUCUCUGGAGAAGAAAGGCGGAGAGUUUUGUUAAAGUCCCAAUCACAAGGUGCUUUGCACCGUUCAUCCAUAUCAGAUCAUUCAGCUGCUUUAUUGCAUCAGGUUGGACAUACAUUCCAUGAGGUUUUUCAAAUCAAACAAGGGAGAUGCUCAGAACUUCCCGCUGCGAAGAUUUCGGAGAUGAUGAAAUCACAUACUCUAGAUCAUCUCUUGUUCCAGAAUGCUCCAACUCAGUCACUUUUAUGUGUUGUGAAUGGGAUUCUGGAUGAAAGCGUUGAAAGGAAGAAUGGCGAAAUACCUUAUCGUGUAGUGUGCCUAUUGAGAAAAGUUAUUCAGGAGAUUGAACGACGUAUAUCAACUCAAGCUGAACAUUUGAGAAAACAAAACAAUGUUUUUAAGGCUCGUGAACAGAAAUAUCAAUCCAAAAUCCAAAAGCUUGAAGCCCUUGCAUCUGGCACCGGUGAAGUGGCUGAGCUUGUUGUGAAACAACUUCAGCAAUUAAAGGCUGAAAAAUUAAAUGUAGAAGAGAAGAAAAAGCUUGAAGAGGAGAAUGUGGUUAAAUUGGUGAAGGAGAAGGAUCAAAGUAGACUUGAAAUUUCAGUUCUGAAGCAAGAACUAGCAUCCGCCAAAAAGAAAUGUGAAUUGCGCUGUUUGCAAGUGGAAACAGAAGCUGAGAGUGCUAAAGCAGAUCUUGAGGCCAAAUUAAGAGAGCUUGAGGGCCUCUUAACGGCAUCAAGGAAUAAAGUGAAAGAGCUUGAGGAAAUUUCUGAUUCAAAGAUCCAGGGAUGGAGCAGGAAAGAGAACAUCUACAAAAGUUUCCUGGAAUUUCAACUUGGUGCACUGAGGGAAAUGAAGUGUUCUUCACAUUCUAUCAAGCAAGAAGUUUUAAAAACUCAAAAAAACUUCUCAGAUGAGUUUCAUUCCCUAGGUGUUAAACUUAAAGAAUUAGGAGAUGCAGUUGAAAAUUAUCAUAAUGUUCUUGCCGAGAACCGGCAGUUAUUUAAUGAAGUUCAGGAGCUAAAAGGAAACAUUAGAGUGUACUGUCGGGCAAGACCUUUUUUGCUUAAACAGACCGGAAAACAAUCAUGUAUAGAAUAUAUUGGUGAAAAUGGGGAGAUAAUCAUCUCAAAUCCCUCCAAACCAGGAAAAGAUGGGCAACGAGUAUUUAAGUUUAAUAAGGUUUAUGGUCCAGUUGCUACUCAAGUGGAGGUGUUUUCAGAUAUCCAACCUUUGAUACGAUCUGUACUUGAUGGAUAUGGUGUUUGCAUAUUUGCCUAUGGUCAAACAGGUUCAGGAAAAACUUUCACCAUGAGUGGUCCUGAUGGAGCAGGGAAAGAAGAUUGGGGAGUUAAUUUUCGAGCUCUCAAUGAUCUUUUCAAUAUCUCACAAAAUAGGAGAAGUUCUAUAAAGUAUGAGAUUGGAGUUCAAAUGCUUGAAAUAUACAAUGAACAAGUGCGUGAUUUACUAUCAAGGGAUGGUCCUCAGAAAAAGGUUGGGAUUAUAUCUUCCUCUCCAGCCCAUGGGAUAGCUGUACCUGAUGCUAGUAUGCACCCUGUUAGAUCGACAGAAGAUGUGAUGGAAUUAAUUGAUAUUGGACUAAAGAGUAGAGCUGUUAGUGCCACUGCCCUCAAUGAAAGAAGCAGCCGUUCUCAUAGUGUCGUCUCCAUUCAUGUUCGCGGGAAGGACAUGAUUAAUGGUUCUCCUUUGCAUGGUAAUCUUCACUUGGUAGAUCUUGCAGGCAGUGAAAGGGUAGAUCGCUCUGAGGUGACUGGAGAUAGGUUAAGGGAAGCACAACAUAUAAACAAAUCGUUGUCGGCCCUUGGGGAUGUUAUUUUUGCUCUUGCACAAAAGAGUCCUCACGUCCCAUUUAGGAACAGCAAGCUCACGCAAUUGCUUCAAAGCUCUUUAGGGGGCCAAGCAAAAACUCUUAUGUUUGUGCAGCUCAAUCCUGAUGUAAAUUCAUAUUCUGAGAGUUUGAGUACUUUGAAGUUUGCAGAGAGGGUCUCUGGGGUUGAGCUAGGCACUGCAAGAAGCAGCAAAGAGGGCAGGGAUGUUCGGGAAUUAAUGGAGCAGGUGGCAUCUCUUAAAGAUACAAUUACCAAGAAAGAUGAAGAGAUUGAAAGGUUGCAAUUACUUAAACAUCUCAAAAAUGCAUGUCCUAUUUUCAAUAGUGAGAAGCGUGGGGUGAAUUUAUCAAGGUAUGGAUCUCUGUCUUCUAGUAAAGACUUUGUAAAUGGGAUUGAGAUUGCUCAACGAAACUUAAAACCGCCAUCUGGGAAAGGCUUAAGAUUUAUUGAGAAAGCAGCUUUGGGCAGCGGUUCUCAGCAUAGUGAUAAGCUUUCAGAAGUUGAUUCCUCACAGUGUAUGGACGAUUCAAAAUGCCAAAAUGAAUUGCUUAUGCAAUCAAAUGUUACCGGAGGGGCCUCAAUUAAGAAUGUUAAUACAGAUGGUAAUGUUCGAGGAUUAGAAGAUACAAAUCUUGAUCGAUUAAGUGAUAAAUCUGAUAGUGGUCUAUCUCUCGGAGAAUAUGAUUGUUCUAAAGAAUUUACUCUUCCUCCGGAAAGGUCAAAAUCGUAUAACAAUUUGCAGACGGUUAAACGAGUUUCAAAAGUUGCUCAAAGCAUUAUAAAAAAAGCAACGUUGUCAGUCUCCAGGGAUUCUAGCAAAGACUCUGUAAGUGGGACUAGGACUGCUCAACGAAGCUUAAAACUGCCAUCUGGGAAAGGCUUAAGACCUACUGAGAAAGCAACUUUGGAUGACAGUUCACAACACAGCAAUAAGUUUUCAAAAGUUGGUUCCUCACAGUGUAUGGAUGACUUAAAAUGUCAAAAUGAAUUGCUUGUGCAAUCAAAUGUUAUCGGAGGGGCCUUAAUUCAGAAUGUUAACAUAGAUGGUAAUAUUCCAAGGUUAGGAGAUGCAAAUUCUAAUCAAUUAAGUGAUAAAUCUGAUAAUGGUCUAUCUCUUGGAGCAUCUAAUUGCUCUAUAGAAUUUACUCUUUCUCGAGAAAGGUCAAAAUCGUAUGACAAUUUGCAGACGGCUAAACGAGUUUCAAGAGUUGCUCGAAGCAUUAUAAAAAAAGCAACAUUGUCAGUCUCCAGGGAUUCUUCGAGGGUGUCAAUAAGUGCAAAAAAGACUGCAAACGGCGGCUCUACUUUCAAACCUCUGAAGCCAUGGCAGUGAAUCAGACUACAUAUGUUUUUAUAUACUUCGUGUAAAUAAGCAUGUUGGCUGGUCUUGUACACCAUCCGGCUUUGCAAGCUUAGAAUCCGAGGAUUAUUGAAGAACAAUUUUUCACCCUUCACAUAACUGCCGGUUCGCAUGGUGAUCUGUGUCAAAAAUUGACGCCAAGAUUUAGAUUUUGAGCUUGUGAUGCUCAUGUUUUGUAACACCCUUUAGACAAAUUCCACGGUGACAAAUUAUAGGAAAGAUGUUAGGUAUGUACAAAUAUCUCUUAUUAUUUAAGAAUGAUAAGAGAGGAUUGGUUAUAUAGCAUAUAAUUUUUCAAUUAUUUAUACACAUUUUGAGUUUGUGAAGCUCAAAACCAAAAUUGUGACAGAUAAUGUGAUCAAUACGAUCAAUAUCUUGAGUUUAGGUAAAAUUAUUUGAAAUAAUAUGUUACAUGUUUCCUUUC